ACAAGAUUGCGCCUUACCGUUCGAGCCAAAAUAAGAAAGAAAAACAUUUUUACAAAGAAAUAACGAUGGACAGAGGGGACAACCCUAACUCUGUUAUUUGUAAAUUAUGUGGAGAGGCCUUCACUCUACCUGAGGAUGAAGUUGAUGGCAACCUUCCGCGUGUGCUUUUAUGUGGCCACAUCUACUGCACAUGUUGUCUGCAGUCCAUUCAGUGCGACAGUGUCAUUAGAUGUCCAGAGUGUGAGGUUGAGUCGAAGCUUCCUGAAGGUGGGGUGUGCUUUCUGCAGGAAGACAGCAGAAUUAUUGGCCUCAUCUACACUGCUAAAAUUAACAGGAUAAAAAGCCUCCGGUGUGACAGAUCAAAGAAUCGCAGAAGGAACAAAUUAUCAUCACCUACAGACAUUAAUUCCAAUACUGAGGAUAUAGAGCAGCCAGCUGAUAUUGGGAAAAUUGAGAGGGCGGUGGAGGAGGCAUUGGUCCAGGCUGCAGAAAAUCUUGCCCAGCUGGAACAAAUCCAUGAGACUCUGACAACUAGUCUGGCAGAACAGGUGAAGAGAGAGAGAGCUCGGCUUGAGAUGGAGAUCAAGCAAGCUGCAGAUAAGGCAUUCCAUGCUGUCCAAAAGUGGAGGGAUGUGCAACUGAGUCAGCUGACAAAAAUGGAGGCACAGUUCUCCGCCAGCCAAGCAGAAGUGUGUUGUGUUCAGGAGAGGAUGAAGGCCCUGGACCUCGCCAUGCAGAUGGCCAGAGAAGUACUCCGUGUCCCCUUCCUGGAGCAGUACUGCACCCUGGAUAAGGUUCUGGAAACACUGCAGGCUCCUGUGGAUAACCAGUCCUUCAAUAUGCAAUGUGUUACUAUGGACUCUGGAAUGAGCUGUGUUUUCCAGUCAGAAGGUCUCAACCGGAGUCUGGCAUUGUCUCUAAAGAUGGAAAUCAGCAACCCAAAGCAGUUGUCCGACACUCCACCCAAAGGCUACCAGCCGGGCAGUUCUAACAGAAAGUCACCUUGGCAACGUGCAGAGGGCAGUAACAGCAACUAUAUCCUACCCAGUCGCAACAAGCACCCUAGCCCACAAAAACAGGACAAGGAGAGCACAGGAGCCAACAGUCCUUCGUCACGAGGCUCUCCUCCAAGCCCCAGGCCUCGUCGCAGGUCCAGCUUUUCUCGCCACAGCUCGGGUUCAGAUGUUGCAACUCCGGAUGUAAUUAUUGAGGAGUUUUUAGAUGAGGGACAAGAGCAUGCUCUCCCACCCACUGGCCCUGAGCUGGCUAAUGACAAAUCAAGAAGCAACAGGAGAAGGAAAAAACAGUUUUUUGGCAAUAAGAGAAAUGUCACUCAGUGGGUGGUGGUGACUCACAUUGUGAAUCCAAGUCACUUCUAUGUACGCUACCUGGCUGAGAAGAGGGAAAGCGAGACCCUGUCAAAGAGGAUCAAUCAGCUCUGCUCCAAAGAUUGUUGCCACUUCACUUCCAAUGAUACACUGGAGACUGGCUCCAUGAUCUUUGUGAAGUGGAAGGAGGAACUCUGGUGCAGGGCCAGUGUGGUUGAAAUCUUGCAGAAUGGCUGCAUGGAGGGUGUUAAAGCCUGCAAAGUCACCCAGCUGGCCAGCAUCCGAGUCUUCUACCUUGACUAUGGCCUCACCAAAACUAUCACCAUACAGAGUGAUGAGGGGACCACUGAGUCUUUACUGAGUGUGAACAACCACCUGAGGAAGGUGGAUGAGGCCGUAAAGGUGGAGCUGGGGCACUUUGCUCCUCAGGCCAUCAGAUGUUCCCUCAAGGACCUGGUCCCAUAUGACCUGACAAAAGGCUGGAGCAAAGAGGCACAGGUUGAAUUCUGCAGUGUGGUUAGCUCUGCAGCAGUGGAGAUGAGGCCUUUGGGUCAGAACAGAGACUCUUUGUUGGUGGACCUCAGGAAAGCACCCAUGGACCAAUCCAGUGAUGUGCCCAUCUCUGUCAGAGAGUACCUUGUUUUCAUUGAAGUGGCCAGGUUUUAUUCUCCAGUGACUUUGGGAAGAAGGCCCCUGCUGUACUAUCCUCCUGUCUAUCCCAAGAUCAACACAGAGCUCAAUGCUGUGGUGUCCCACAUCAACAACGCUGCUGACUUCUACAUCCAGCUGGUCGACAACAUGGAGUCCUUGUUACUCUCAGCCAAGCUUCAGGAUUGUUACAAUGCGACAACAGUGGCUGGAGAAGAUGACCUCACCAUCUAUUGCCCUGUGAUAGGACAGGCCUGCGUUGCCCGCUUUGAUGACAAGUUGUGGUACAGAGCUCAGGUCAUAGGUCAUCCAGGGGGCAGAAAAGUGGAAGUGCGGUAUGUAGACUUUGGCAAUAAGAGAAUCCUGUCAGUCAGUGACUUAAGGAAGAUCAAGGAUGAAUUCUUUGCACUUCCUUCCAAGGCAAUCCACUGCUGUUUGUCAGAUGUGAUUCCUGCGGAUGGAAAAACCUGGAGUGAUGCUUGCACCAACAGAUUCAUCAGCCUGGCUCACCAGAAACUGGUCACUAUUGUGGCUACAGCAAGAGUCCCUAAGACGGAGCCUCUGCCAGUCAAAGUGUUUGAGAGCAGCCUGGAUGGGCCACUAGCCAACAUCGCUGGGCUGCUGGUCAAAGAGGAGCUGGCAUGCUUCAAAGAGGGAUUUAAGUCCAAGAAUGACAGGCCCCCUGGUGAUGACCCUGCCAUAUGGGACCCCCCACUUGAGGUCGGUUCAGCCCCAGAGGACCAAAACCCGGACCAAAACAUUAUGGGAGAGCAGGAUGAGGAGCCACUGGAGCUUCAGCCUCAGCUAAAGCUCCCUGCUCAACUUAAAGACCUGAAAGUCAGAGUGUGCCAUGUCAACUCACCAAGUAGUUUCUAUGUCCAGCUCACCCAGUACAACUCUCAGCUCAAAAGGAUAUGUGAGCUGGUAAAGCAGGAGUGUGUGCAUACAGAGCCCGAAGAUAUGGUGUGGAAGGCCGGCAUGUACUGUGCUGCUCACAUUAAUGGGGUGUGGGAGAGAGGACAGAUCUGCUCUGACAUCACAUCCAGUGACAUUGCAGAGGUGAUCCGCUGUGACCAUGGCAACACGGUGAAGCUACACACCAGCAAUCUUCGGCCACUGCCAUCCUCUUUGAUGGGCUCUCUGGCACUGGAGUGCACGCUCACUGGCAUAAGGCCAGCAGGAGGCCGAUCCACCUGGACGGCUACAGCCUGUGAUGUAAUCGCCUACUAUCUGACGGGAGCCUCGGCUGUUAUGACCAUCAAGGAGUUGACAGAUGAACGUCCAAUACCUGUCAGUCUGUUCUGCUCCAACAAGAUGGGACAGUUUGUCAGUAUUGCAGACUUUCUGGCCAGUGAGGGCCUCGCCCUCAGGGAAAGGAAGCCAAGUGCUGCUGUCAUUGAGAAACCUAAUGAAAUUGAUUCACAACCUCCAGUUAACAAAGAAACUGAUGUCUCUGACGACAUGAAAAAAAAAACUCAUCAUCCAGCACCUUCUCUUACUCCUCUCCCCUCCCUAUCCUCCACUGUCUGCGCUCCAGUCCCUCCAAAACCAGCCCCCCGCACCAUUAUGUCUGCUGAGAAGGUGAAGACUCAGUUGUACGACCCCCCAGAGCUGCCAUGCCUCGGUCGUAUCCAGAUUAGUGUAUCUGCCAUUGGAGAGGAUGGUCUUAUUUACAUCAGAACACAGAAUGCAGAGUGUCAGUUGGAGCAGCUCAGGGAGAGGAUUCAGCAGAGCAUGAAGACACUGCCCAGACAGAAGCCCUACACCUGGAAGUCAGUCUUGGGCUGUGCUGUUAUUGGACCUGAUAUGUUGUGGUACAGAGGGCAGCUGCUGGAGGUGCUGGGCGGACAUGUUAAGGUACAGUAUGUGGACUACGGCCUGGUGGAGAACAUCCCAGUAGUCCAUGUGUACCCCAUGCUGCUGUGUGAUGAUGUUCCUCAGCUCUGCAUGUCUUGCCAGCUGCAUGGCAUCAACCCUGUUGGCGGCAAAUGGCAGCGGGAUGCGGUGGCCUUGCUGAGGGAGGUGUUACUGAACCGCUGCAUGAACAUGCAAGUUAUGGAGCUGCCAACUGACCCGAGGGUACCACUCACAGUGGAGCUCUUUCUGGAUGGACUGAGUCUCAGCAAGAUCCUGUGUCACCAUGAACAUGCCUCUAUGGACCAGACUGUCUCAGCACAGAAGGGACACUCAGUGAUUUCUCCUGCGCCCAUCCUGGAUGACUGGGACAUCAACACUGAAGGUCUGAGGGACCCAGAGGAGCCAGUGCUAGGGCCCUUUAUCUACCCAAACCUGCCACAGGAAGGAGAGCAGUUUCAAGUCAAGGUCAAGCACCUGUGGACCCCCAAUGAGCUGUUUCUGUGGCCUUUGGAGGUAUCAGCAGAUGUGGAGGUGGAUGGAGAGACUCUGGAAAGCGCUCUGACCAGAAUCAAUGCAGAAAUAAGCGAUAUGCCAGGACUCACCAACUUCCCUCAUGGUGGUCCAUGUCUGGCAGAGUACAGUGAUGGACAGUACUACCGGGCCAAACUGAUGAAGUUUACCAGCAUGGAGCCCAUCAUGAUCUUGGUCCAACAUGUCGAUUUUGGCUCUGACGACACUCUGCCAAUCAGCAAGCUGCGUCAGAUGCCAGCUGAGCUGCUGAGAUUUCCAUUGCGGGUGCUCAAGGUCAAAGUUGCCGGCUUCAAGGCUCCAAGUGUCAACAGGCAGAUAGACAUGCUGCCCUACAGCCCCGUGUGGAGCGUGAAGGCUGCAAUGGACAUGAUUGAGCUGUUACACAGCAGCAUUACAGCCUCUGUUGUGGCUCGAGAACCAGAGCUCACAGUGCUGCUGUACAACGAGGAUGGAGAGUUGGUGCAUCUGCCUCUGGUGAGGAGUGGACUGGCUGAGCUUGAGUGAAGCAGAGCUGAGCCAAACUUCCACAACCCACAGGUUCAUGUUUACUCACUGAUGUCCUGUUGCGAUCAUCUUGAUUUCAUUCUGUUGUGUUGUUUGACUGCUGUUCCUAGUUUUAAUGUGUUGCAGAACUUAAGCAUUAGACUUAACUUUCACAGCGUUGAGCAGUUAUAGAGCAGUGGUUUAUUUUAACUUUGUUAAGUUUAAGUUUUGCUGACUUGGCACUUUGUUUUUGGGUCAUUUGACAAGACUUGUGUCUGUAUGGUGCAGAUCAUUAAAGUCUCCAGUGCUGUCUAACUCUGCAGUGUUUUCUUUGUAAAUAAAU